AUGUUCAACACUGAGUCACAUAGUCAUAACCUAGAGUCUGGAGUUGCGACAGGAAUCUCUCAACCGCCACCUCCUUCCAAUGACCUAGUUAACUUAGGAAUCCUCGCGAGACCAAAUGUCGCAACUGAAGAACACUCCGACAAAAGAAGCGGGGCCAAAGUGUCAAAAAAGGGUCAAGAAAUCAAUGCCCAAAGCUAUGUUCUUGCAGCACAGGGACAACCAGACGGGAUCAGCCAGGAAAUCAAUGAUACGGUGCCUCCUCUUAAAGGGCAUGUCAGCAGCCAAGGGAUCAGCUUAGAAAUCGAUGGUUUGUCUGGUAUUGGAGCGCAAUUUAACGACCAAGCGAUCAGCCAGGAAAUCAAAGAUACGGCGCUUCCUUUUAAAGGGCAUGCUAGCAGCCGAGGGAUUCAGUUGGGCACCCCAGCACUAUUCCUAGGUAACAAAAGGUGGCGCCACCCCGACGUUUUUUCCAUCCAGGACCAUCAGAAUAGCGCGAUGUCCUGCGGGUUGAAGGCUAAGUUCACUGUGUCAACGACUAACAAGAAAAAAGAGUCUAUAUUUACCAUCGGAGGCUUCGUAAUGGUAGAAGGUUGCGUAGUUGGUCUAACUACAGCUCAUGGAAUCAUUAGCCUCCUCAAAGAAUUCGGAUCAAGAUCCAACUCUUUUAAUUGCUCUUCAGAAGCAGAUGAUUCCACAGAUGGAGAGACGACAACCUCCGCCUCCGCUUCUGAAUCUUCAUCACCUGUGGCAACAUCUGGGUACACACCGAGUCCUCAUAUCUCUCUUACAAAAAGUGAGAUUUCCUUUCGCCCUGAAUAUAAUUCUCCUGGUCAGAGUGAUACGAGGAUCUUGCAAGAGGAUAAAUGGCUAUUCUUGGGGGCGCCCAAAACCUUGGCCUAUAGGGCGCCGGCCUCGUCUGAUUUUGCACUUGUUGAUAUGGAAUAUAUGGGCAAUCUGACGAACAUGUAUUAUGACCCCACAACGUCCAGUGUCCACGAAAUAUCUGGCCAUGUUUCAGUUGAUCAAGUGCCUCGGGGAGAGGUUCUCAUCAUCAGUUCAUCAAAUGAUCAUCCUUUACGCGGGUACCUACUCGAUGACACCGCGUCUGUCAUUUUGAGAGGGGUCGUUAUGCGUACAAGAAAAAUUCAGCUUACAAUGGACCAUGGCCAGAAACCUGCACACCUGUCUCCACCACAUCUUUCGGACUACCACAUAGGUAGUGGAAUAUCAGGCGCAUGGGUCGUUCACCAAGGGAAGCUGUGUGGUUGUGUAUUUGCGGCAUAUACGCACGGUAGAUACCUUCACAUGCUACCCAUUGAUGACGUUUUUCGCAACAUCACCCAAUUUUCAGAGGCCUCGAGCGUUCGAGUAGCCUCAGCCGAGGAUCUUGCCACUGUGAAUAAGUCAUCUCGCGAAAUUUAUGACCCCAACAGGCGUUCAACAUGGGCUUCCGGUUAUGAGUCGGGUGCGAUACCGAUGGGGUAUAAUUUGGCACAGAAAGGAGAGCCACAGCCACCACAGCCACCAACCCAUCAUAAAUUCAAUUACAUUCGAUUCCAAACCGCAACAGGAUUUAAUGGUAAACGGCGGGCUCAGCAACAAUACAACUUGGUUGUCGAGCUCUACGCCGAAAUCAUCCCAGUUGGAAGUAGGGAAAGCCAGUGGAUCAAAAUCGCCCAAAGGCUUUCCCAUCCACUGGUAGUCCGCGGGCAAUCGCCGGGGCAUUACAAAGAUGGUAGACCGGAUUUGUCGGCAAGCAUGAAUCUAGAUGCCGAGGGUGGAAGUUAUGCAGGAGGAACGAAGGUCUUUUCCCGUGGACUUUAA